AUGAAUCACAGGCCAGAGUAGUUAGCCCCUGCAGAUGUCUUCUAUAAUGAAGAAGAAGCCAAGAAAUAUACUAUGAAUUCUCGUAUGAUUGAGAUUCAACAAGAAAUCACAGAAAGAGCUCUAGAGAUUUUAGCUAUUCCCAAGCAUUCUCCUCGUCUUUUGCUCGAUAUAGGUUGUGGGUCUGGAAUAUCAGGAUAGGUAUUAUCAGAGUAUGAUCACUGCUGGGUUGGUCUCGAUAUCUCAAAAGCUAUGCUUAAUGUUGCAGCUGAUCGUGAUGUUGAUGGUGAUGUCAUUCAUGCUGAUAUGGGUCAUGGCUUUGGAUUCAGGCCUGGCACUUUUGAUGGUGCAGUCAGCAUCUCAGCUCUCCAGUGGUUGUGUUCUGCUGAAAUGAAAUGCCAGAAUCCAUACAAGAGACUUAACAAGUUCUUUUCUAGCUUAUAUGCUUGUCUUAUUAAGGGUGCUAGAUGCGCAUUUCAAUUCUAUCCAAGCAGUCCAGAGUAAGUUGAAAUGAUAACUAAUUCAGCAAUGAAGAAUGGAUUUACAGGUGGUCUUAUUGUAGAUUAUCCCAAUUCUCAAAAAGCUAAGAAGUAUUACUUGUUCUUAAUGGCUGGGUACUCAGAGGAAAUCAUGAAUGAAGCAAGACAAGUUAUUAUGCCAAGAGCCAAGACUGGCGACACUGAUUCUGAAGAUGAUAGUGAUGAUGAUGAAAAUGACAGCGACGAUGACGAGAAAGUAGAUAUAAAGGGUAGAUAAAAGAGUAAAAUGAUAAAGAAAAAGGAGAAAUACGGAGCAAGUGUUAAGAAAUUCAAUAAUAGCAAUGCGAAGAGCAAAGAUAAAAAUUGGAUCAUGAAGAAAAAGGACAGACAAAGGAAAUAGGGUAAAUCUGUCUGUCGUGAUUCUAAGUAUUCUGGUAGAAAGAGACCAAUGGGCUUCAACUGA